UUCGUCUCCCUUUCCUACUGCUCGACUCUCUACCCCGGCCGUUGUCCUCUUCCUUCACCCCCUCGUCUCUCGAAUCUUCCCUGCAUGCCCUCGUUGCUCUCGCCCAUGUCCGCCGUCUCAACCCGCACCCCGCGCGCCUUCUCUUGACAUCCCCAACGAUGGCGAGUGUCAUGCUAAGACACUCGUCUCGAGCUGCCUGGAUCCGAUCGCGAUUGUCUUACCCCCCCGACCAGUGACUCCGUCCACUGCGCACACCCCGCAAACUAUGUCGAAGGGCUGUUACACCUGUCGCCGCCGCCGCAUCAUUUGCGACAAUGGCCUCCCCACCUGCCGCAAGUGCCGCGAUGCGGGGAAGGAGUGUCUGGGGUAUCAGAAGCCCCUCGUCUGGGUCAAGGGCGGCGUGGCCAGCCGGGGCAAGAUGAUGGGACGCAGCUUCGACGAUGUCAAGGGGUCGCCGUCCUACCGUGGGCCCGACGAUUCGAGCUCCUCGCCGAGCAACACCUCGCCGCCGUCUGCCGAUUCGCCCCGUCACAUCGGCCCCGAGUUGCCGACUGAUCCCAGCUGGCGUGCCGCACCAAACAACGUGUCGACGGUCCUGGGAGUCUCGGAGACCACGCCAUGGGAGGAUGAUGACACCCAGCUCGCCUUGCAGAGAGCUACAUCGACCGUCCCCGCACCUUGGGGCCUCGUGGACCCGUUGUUCAGAGACCUGAAUCAGAUGUCAAGGUUCUACAUCGUGCAUUUCAACCAGAACCUAGCCAACUACCUCACGCUCUACUCCGAAGCCCGAAAUCCGUUCCGAGACCUGAUCCCCCUUGUCGGGGAUUCUCCGCUUCUGUCCCAUGUCCUUGCUGCCACCGGGGCCUUGCAUUACGCCAUUCUCGCCAACGGGGACUUCUCGCUGGCACCAUGGAUAUCCGACGGCCCCUCUGCAACUGAUCCGGUACUAUCUCCCGAAGAGGUAGAGAGAGCUGUGAUCGGCUCCAUGUCCCAACGCCCCCCAUCCAAGGUCUACGAGCAUUUCCUAGGGCUCAAACAGCGUGCCUUGCAGCAACUGUCGCAAGACAUCCAGGAUCCCGUCCUCCGAAACGAUAAUCGAACCCUCGCGGCAAUCAUGGUUCUUGCGCUGAUGGAUGCCAUCGAAUCGGGUGACGGCGCCUGGAAAUAUCAUCUGGAGGGCGCCAAAAAGCUCCUAAAGGGCCGACAAGAGCAGGGCACCCCCAGGCACAGCGUCGUCAAGUGGCUCGAAGAUUUCGCGGUCGACGGCAUCCUACUCAUCCAACUCAUGGGAUCCACCCUCGCCCGUCCCGGAGCCCUCACGCAACCCUUCUACACCUGCGCCAUGGGGCCUGCAGUCCUCAAACGACUCGAAGAGACAUCCUGGGUCGGCUGCCCUGCGUACCUCCUCGAAGUCAUCUUUCUCAUCCACGCGGGUCUCUACUUCGACUCCAGCCUGGACCCCAGCACCCAACAACCAAGCAUGACCUUCUCCUCCGCCUUUCUCUCCAAAGACACCAACCCGCUCCAAAACCCCGGUGCCCUGCUCCAGCACAUCCAAGCCUUUGACCCCGCGGCGUGGUCCGAAUCGAUGCAAAGCUGCUUCCACCUCGCCGACCUCUCCAUGCGCACCGCCCUCGCCACCGUUUACAAAGCCGCCGUCUACCUCUACGCCAGCCGCGUGCUCUCCCGCCCCCGCUCCGGCGCCGCAACUAUCCCCAACCACUUCGGGCUGCCCUCCGACCACGCCGCCGUCGCCCACCUCAUCAUCCAGCAGAUCGCCCUGAUCCCCAUCGCCGACCCCCACUUCAAAUGCCUCAUCUGGCCCACCUUCAUCGCCGGCGCCGAGUGCACCGACCCCGCCCAACGGCCCUUCCUGCUCGAUAAACUCCGGGCCCUGUACUACGACAUCACCAGCGUGAACGUCCGGAAUGCCGCCUGGGUGUUGAGUCUGAUGUGGCGCAAACAGGACCAGAAGCGAGAGGAACAGGAUCUGAGAAGGAAUAUGGCUGCUGCUGCUGCUGCUACUGCCGUGAAUAACGAUAACGACGACGAGGAUGACGAAGAUGAUGAUUUCGAUUGGAUUCAGGUGCUAGAUGAGUCCAGGAUCGAUUGGUUGUUCAUAUAGAUUGAUUGCCUUUCGCCGUCUGUGAGGUGGGCACAUACAUAUUACCGUACAUACUACACCCACAUACACACAUACACACAUACACACAUACAGGUACUACUUCCUACCUAGACACGGCAGAUACCUCGGUACUAGGCAGUACUUGUUAUUUACCUGUACAUAGAUAGAUUC